ACCCACAUCUACAUACUACCCCCAACUACUCCGGAGUUGACGCCCACGAGCGUAUCCCAGGGGCCCUCGUGGCACAGUGGUUAAGAGCUUGGCUGCUAACCAAAAGGUUGGCAGUUUCAAUCCAGCAGCAGCUCCUUGGAAACCCUAUGGGGAUAGGGUCGCUAUGCGUCAGAGCCGACUUCACCGCAACGGAUUUGGUUUUUUUUUUUUUUUUUUGGUUUAGCAUAGCCCAAAUGAAAACAUAGCGAAUGCUCUACUGGUCUCUCCCAGUCCUUCCCAACGUUUAGAAAUGAGAAGACGCCGGUUGCAGGAAGCUGAAUAUCAGAGGUUGGAUGAGAUGGGCUCUAGUGCUAGUUCUUCUCACUACAGCACGAAAUGAGGGGACAAACAAAGAAAAAAAGGUUCGCAGCAAGGACGCGCGCAAGCUGGGAGCGUCUCUCCCGUCCUCCCGACCGAGCUUGCGCAGGGCCGAAGUUACGCGGCGCGAAGAGAAGGUUAUUUUCCUUCAUGGAUUGGGAGAUACAGGGCAUGGAUGGGCAGAAGCCUUGGCAGGUAUCAGAAGUUCACACAUCAAAUAUAUCUGCCCACAUGCGCCAAUUAUGCCUGUUACAUUAAAUAUGAACAUGGCUAUGCCUUCUUGGUUUGAUAUUAUUGGGCUUUCACCAGAUUCACAGGAGGAUGAACAUGGAAUCAAACAAGCAGCAGAAAACGUCAAAGCAUUGAUAGAUCAAGAGGUGAAGAACGGAAUUCCUUCUGCCAGAAUUAUUUUGGGAGGAUUUUCUCAGGGAGGAGCUUUAUCUUUGUAUACUGCUCUUACCACACAACAGAAACUGGCGGGUGUCGUGGGGCUCAGUUGCUGGCUUCCGCUUCGGACCUCAUUUCCACAGGGUCCUAUCAGUGGUGCUAACAAAGAUAUUUCUAUUCUCCAGUGCCAUGGAGAUUUCGACCCUUUAGUUCCGCUAAUGUUUGGUUCUCUUACUGUGGAAAAGCUAAAAACAUUGGUAAAUCCAGCCAAUGUAACCUUUAAAACUUAUGAGGGCAUGAUGCACAGUUCAUGUCAACAGGAAAUGAUGGAUGUCAAGCAAUUCAUUGAUAAGCUCCUACCUCCAGUGGAUUGACACCACUAAGAGGCCUUGUGUGGAAGUGCACCAGCGUCAUUGCAGUAGAGUAGAAAGCUGUUCACGUGCCCGAUUCUGAAACUUCUCAUGUUUGCAGCAUUAGAAUGUUUUGCAAAUAAAUACCAGUGACAGACUAAAUAAUGUUUCCUCAUGGGAAACUUCUGAUCUUUUAAGUUUCUAGACAUGUAUUUGUAUAAUAUGAUCCAGAACAUACUAGUAUUAAAAUAGGUGAAGCAUCUAGCUUCUUUUUCCCACAUGUAUACAAUUCAGCAAAUGAUAAAAUACUGUAACCAGAUUUUUUAUUACAUUAUUUGAAAUUUAUUAGUAUGCUUACUGAAAAUUUGUUCAUGUAUAAAUGAGCAGUUAAGAUAUAAACGGUUUAAAUAUGCUGUGACUUAGACUAUAGGUUUAUUCCGAAAUUGCCUAGUCACCAUGCAGUGUCUGUGUUUUUAUAUAUGUAUAUGUAAUAAUUAUAAUACAGAAAAAGAAUGAGAUGGUAUUACAUUAUUUCUAAUAGUAGGGAUAAUGCUUUUAUGUGUCAAUGAAAGAAUAAUAAUAUUGCUCUUCUCAAUUAAUGGCCCUUUUAUUUUGGGGACCAGGAUUUUUUCUUAUUCUUUUUUUCUGAUAUCAUUGGUUUAAUAUUCUUUUCUCCUCUCUAGAAAAGAAAUGUGUUCUUCAGUUAUUAUCCUUCACAGUGGACCUUCUGCCAUAGACACCUACUGUUAAUGAAUAUUGUAAUUGGCAUUCUAAAUCACAGAUGUGGUAUUUUAAAUGCAUUUAUACUGUGUAAAGAAACCAGACAUCACUUAAGACCUCUGCACUACUUAUUUUUGAUACUGUAGACUUAUUUAGUUACUAGAAUCUUCAGUCCCGGUAACAGGAAUAAUUCUGUGGUUUUAUUUAUUUAUUUAUUUUUGUAAUCAAUUGGAAGAAAAAUCAGGUCAUAUUCUAUUAUGUUCUGAAAUACUUAACACUUCAGUCUUAAAAAUUGUAACUUCUAAGAUGAUUUGGUCUAAGGUGAGUCUCCGUGUAGACUUGAGUUUACUUGUUUUUGUGCAUAUGUUUGAAAUCAAUUACUGUGGAAAAUUAGCAGUCCAUCAGAAAAAAUUUGCUUUAUUUCUAUCUGCCAGUGAACUUACUGGAAAUUUUGACUUAAGUCAAUUUUUGUGCAAACAUAAAAAUAGCAUUCGUUUGACUUUAUAUAGUCAAAAUUUUCAGAUUACUGAUAGAAAUUAUUUUAAAACAAAUUUAUGGACAAUAAAGGUUAGUUAAAACCCUACACAUAUAGUUACUAGACACUUUAAUAUGUAGCAGAAAUUUAUGCUUGAUAUUUUUUAACUGUUGUUAAUUUUUCUGCUGUGUUGCAACUGAUCAGAACAAUGUUAGGAAUGCAUCUUUAUAAAUGGGUGCUAAUUGAUAAUGGAAAUAAUUUAGUAAUGUACUAUAUAGAAUGUUAAUGAUGAAGCCAUAUGUUUAUGUCUGGAUUUUAAAAUUUUAAACAAUCAUUUACUAAGUCAUUUUCCUUUACUCUGAAGAAUAUAAACUCGUUUCAGUUAUGCAAAUCAGCAAAAUCUUAUUUAUGGUAAAUCUCUUAUUCCAUUGAAAUGUUUGCUGUAAUGUGGGAAAAUGUAAAUCUUUUUUCACAAUUUCUAUUAAUGUGAAAUAAAAUUUAAUUCUUUUUCUUCUGUGACUGUUUUUCAAGUAUUUUCUUAUUUUAAUGUUUGCGUUUACUCUGACAUGAAUGUCUAUAAUGAAAAGGAGAAAAAUAACAAUGUAAUCAGAAGAAUAUACAUAUGAGAGAGAAAUUCUGAUGGUGGCAUCGUGGGUAUGGAAUGGAACCAGGCAUAAGAGAAGCUUUUCUCAUUAUUCAAUUUUAAUGGCUAAUAAUUUUUUUAAAAAAUCAAGCCCAAGUCCAAACACCUAAAAGUGUUUUUUGUGUCCCUAACCUAUUUAAGAAGUUUUUUUUCAUGUAUUUCUUUGUCUUUUCCUCUUAUGUAGUGUUCACUGGGAUUUUUAAUUAGUGGCAUAAAGCAGUUAUCCAAAUAGCAUUUUCUCCUUUUAUAGCACCGCUCACUUCUAACUUUUCCUUUUCAUUCUGUUAUCUACAGAAUGUUAUUAGAUGAAACUGAUCAUAGUAAUCUUAUUACCCAAGAUAGAAAUUCUUUCUGUUCUGUCUCUUAAUCCUUCAGCUGCUGCUUUUGAACACUUGGAAUGACAAGCUCACCUGUUUGUAAGGCUGCUUGUUGUGUUUUUUGGGUAGCGCUACUGGUAAGAAGAGUCUGUGCCACAAAUACUGUCUCUAACUUCGACUCUUUUUUUAAUGUAUCUUCCACAGCAGCUCCUUAUUUCAUGUGAUAAUCUUUAUUUCAUCAUCCUUUUUAAAAUAUUGUGCUCACCUCACCAUUAGAUGUGGUCAGAGCAUGGUGCUAGUACAGUAAAACCUGUGAAAGCUGAAAGCUAUGAGAGCCAGAAAAUUCAAAUAUUUUCUACUAAAACAAAUGAUAGAAAAGUGGUAAGACUGCACACUGUCAAAGGCAGGAAACCUGUGAGACCAGAAAGCAAGGCAGUCAAAUUCCGGCUCUCAGAGGUUUCACUGUACUAUCAGUAGGUAGAUAAAAAUAGUGCUUUAUAGGUAUGUAAAUAAUGGGGAAAUUUAAUUAUUGCAGUUAGUCUAAUUGCUACUAUAAAAAGUAGAUGCAUGAUACAUUUACCACCCUCCUAACAACUACCAUUUUAUUUUGUAAAAAUUACUACAAAUCAAAAAAGUAAAAGUUUAACUUAAUAAAUACUUAAUAUGUUCUAGGCACUGUAUGAAGCAUUUUAUAUCCUUUAUUCAUAUACUCUUCACAUGAGUUUAUUUUACAGAUGAAACUGACAUCUAGACAGGUAAACUGAUUACAGAGCUAUUAUGUGGAAGAGCCAGGAUUCAGAUUGAUGUGCCCAACCUCAAGUGGUAGAGGGUCAGCAAAAAAGAGGAAGACCCUCAACGAGAUGGAUUGACACAGUGACUGCAGCAAUGGUCUCAAACAGCAAUGAUCGUGAGGAUGGCGCAGGACUAGGGAGUGCUUCAUUCUUUCAUACGUAGGAUGGCUAUGAACCAGAACUGACUUGACAGCACAUAACAACAACAACCUCAAGUGCAUGGUCUUUACUACCUCACUGCUGUCCCAAAGGGGUAAUUUAAAUGCUUAUUCACACAACAGCAACAACAAAACAUAUUUCACAAAAUACAAAACACCUAGAAAUGCUAGAUAAAUUGUGGUAACCGUCAGCUCAAAGAUACUGCAACCUCUAGUGUCCAGAAAGAGUUAAACAGAAACCAAAAGCUCACAUGGUACACUUAAACAUUUGGGGCUCAAAUGAAAGCCCCAAAAAGAGGAUAGUGAAAUUUAUGAGGCCAGCAUCCUUUUAGGACUGUGCUCAGUGCCACAGGUGAUCUAGAAAAACCCCAACCCCAGGGAAGUGAAGAGGAAGCUCGUCUAUUUUGGCCUGAGUUCUGAACUGGGAGAUGAGAGAGAGCUUCCGGUGAACAUUUUUAGCCAGGAGCUUGUCCUCAUGUGCAUUUAAAUUUGUAGCAAUACUGUUUAUGUGGCCUGGAAACACAUAAACUUAUAAAUUAACAUAAAGUUACCCUGUACUGGCUUCACCCCUCAGGCACCUGGGAAAGGCAAAUACAAAUUCUUUAUGGAGAGGGAUAUCCUCAACCCAUGGUGCAUGACAGCCUGCCAGCAGUGAGUUCAACAAUCUAAAAUUACAAACCAUACAAGGGAACAGUCUACCUACCAUAAAUUUAUACCAAAAAACAAACCCGUUGCCAUCAAGUUGAUUCUGACUCAUAGCGACCCUAUAGGACAGAGUAGAACCGCCCCGUAGGAUUUCCAAGGAGUGGCUGGUGGAUUUGAACUGCUGACCUUUUUAGCAGCUGAACGCUUAAUCACUGCUCCACCAGGGCUCCAAAUGAAUACCAGCUGACACAAAAGAUAAAGGGAUAAUAGACUCCUGGGAACUUAAAUAGAACUUUUAGAUAGUAUGAGAAUGUUAAAGACAAAAGAAUAAGCAAGUGAAAAAAGAAUAAGACAGUAUAAAACAUCCAGAUUUGAGAAGAAAUACAGCUUUAGAAAUGAAAAAGUCACUUAAAUGAAA